UCCCACCGCUGGCUGUGCACAGGAGAUGAGCGCCGAUGCCCUGUGCUGUUAACUCCUUCGCCUGGUCGUGGGUUUGACCCCGACGCCUGCUGCUGUGUAUGUGGAGUUGUCGGCGUCUCUCUCCCCGUGGUCGCGUGGAUUUGUCUCCGGGUGUCCACAUUGAUGAUGAACUCUCAGGCGCGUUCGUGUUACUUGGCUGCUGCUAUGAAUGUCCACGCGACGACGACGAUGAUGAUGAGUCACUUUGGUUGAGCUGUCACUGGUGAACAGCGCGGGUCGCUUCGGAAAAAGAGCGACGUGGCAGCUCAGUGCGGCCUUGAGUACAAUUAACAAAAUUAAUUCUAGAUUUGAAGCUGUCGUGACUGCAAGGAUUCAUACUCUUAGGUUUUUUCGGUAAAGUAACGUAGGUAAAAAUAAAUAAUAAUAGAAAUAAAAUAAUUAUUUUAAAAUGAUCAUUUUAUUUCUAUUAUUGAACCUAAGAGUAACAAAAUUAAGUUUCGAGUAAGCUCGUUGGGAGAGCCGUCAGCUCCGAGGGUCCUGCCCGACUCGCUCGCAACAAGAGGCGACGUUUCCCUGCGGCGAGAUAGUUAACUUACCUCGCGUGGAAAGAUAAGAAUAGGUUUUACCCACUUCUGUCAAUAAUUAAACAGGAGUUGUGUUCAGAUGCUCAAACGACAAAUAGAUACAUACCUUUUGCAACACGGCAUCGUCAAGUCCGCAUUAACCACACGUUACUUGCGGCAAAACAUGCUCUCUGAUAAUAUAAUGUGUGCAUUGUCUUUGAUACGGAUUGACCCUCACCAGAGACAGCCUUUUUAUGGCCUCAUCUCACCACCAGUGUUAGACUAGAGAACGCCAAGAGGCGAACAGUACAAAGGAAAUGCAAGUAUCAGAGCACUUACAGCUCGGGUCAAGAGUUAUAUCUAUGGGACCUUUUUGCCAGUAUCCUGAUAUACAGGAAUUUGUGAGUUCCAUCCCGACCCUGACGCCUGCUGUAUAUUUGGAGUUGGUGUGUCUCUCCCCAUGGCAGCGUGGAUUUUGCUUCGGGUCCUCCGGUUUUUCCCUCAAAAUUUGUAAUAAACAUCACGUGUUUCGAGUAGAUGGUUGCUAUACAUUUCCACACGAUGAUAAACCACUUUUUUGAGAUAUCAUUUGUGAUGACCAGGUCACUUCUGAAAAAUCGCUACAUAGCUCAGUGGGCCUUACCUGUAAAAUAAAUUGUAGUUUAGUUUUAGUGUGAUCCCAAUUGAGUAAUUUUCAGGGGCUUGUUCAGCAUUGAAAUGCCUUGGCCAAAACCAGUUUCCACUGUGUGUGUGUGGGUUUAGCUAUGGGAGUAGGAAAUCAGAGAACCCGGAGGAAACCCACUCGGAACCGGGGGAGACAGCGUACAAACUGCACCACGCAGUGGCGCCAGUCGGGACUCGAACCCAGGGGUCUCUUGCUUGUGAGGCACGAGUGUCACCACCACCACCACACCACCCUAUGCGAAGUAUUUCUUGUGACGCCUGUGCAGUUUGUUCGCCUAUGAUGUCGAGCGUGUGAAUGUGGAGUUUCUAUGAUCUCUCUCCCUCCAAUUCUGCGUGGAGUUUCUCUGGAUUCUGCUGUUUUCCUCCCAAGCGUUGACAUGCGGCGCUACCAGAGGGGCGGCCACUCCCCAGGCAUCGGCGUGCUGCUGCUGGGCGUCGAAAUGCUCCGCUUCGGCCUCCACCGCAUUCCGCCCGUGACGCUGGGCGCCAUCGGCCUCAACGCCCUCCUGUUCAUGGCGCCAUGGGGCGGCCCCCACGCCACCUGCCUGGGCGUGGAGGCCGUGUGGGGUGGUUGCGAUUGGCGGCGCCUGGCGCUGGCGCCCGUGCACCACGCCGACGACAUGCACCUCUACUUCAACAUGAUUUCCGCGCUGUGGAAGGGCGUUGCGCUGGAGGGCCGGCUGGGCAGCGUGCGUUUCGGCACCCUGCUGCUGGUGUUGUCAGCGCUGACCGGCGUGGUGCAACUAGCGCUGGCCGCCGCGCUGGCCUUCGCCACGGGCAGCUACUCCUACAUGGAGCAGUGCGCCAUCGGUUUCUCCGGUGUCCUGUUUGGACUCAAGGUGAUCAACAACCACUACAACCCUGGCGGAGUGACCUACGUGAUGAACACAUUCCCCGUGCAGAACCGCUACGCAUGCUGGGCCGAGCUCGUCGUCAUCCACCUGCUGGUACCCAGGGCGUCAUUCAUCGGGCACCUGUCAGGGAUCCUCGUGGGCCUUUUCUACGUGCACAGUCCUCUGCGUUGCCUGCUGGACAAUGCCGUGGUGUUUGGGUCAAGAAUCCUGCGCAGAGUAUUCUACAGCGACCAUGCUGACGCCGCGGGAUGGCACACCCACCACCGCUACGAGCAUCGCAGCGCGGAGUUCCUGAGCUACACGGGCGAGACAUCGGAGGACGAGGAUCUGCAGGAGGCGAUGCGAGCCAGCCUGCGUGACACGAGAUCGUUCACCCCCCCUGAGCCGGGAUUCCUCUCUCCGGAGGAGCUCAGACGCAGGAGGCUGGAGCGGCUGAGGAGAUAGGAGGGUGCCAGCCCGCGGGUGGGCGGGAUUGGGCAGGGUGGGGGUUACCGGUGGACAGACGCACUUGCGUCCACUCGCACGCACUCGCCAGCUCACUCACGCACUCAUGCACUCACGCACGCACUCGCUCUCUCGCGCGCGCACUCACACUCACUUGCUGUACUAAUCGCUCCACUAUGCGCAGCCCAGCUUGGGCGAUGCCUGACACCGCGGCCACCGCUCGCGGAGAAUGCGCUCGUUCGCACGCACACGCACACACUCGCACACUCACGCACGCUAAUGCACACACUCUCACAAGCGCACGCACGCACUUGCACAUACUUGCACACGCACGCACUCGCACAUACUUGCACACGCACACACAUUCGCGCGCUCAAUACCGUGCGCUCUUUCUUGUCGCAGCAGAUGAAACUUUUAUUUUCCGUUGUCGUUUUUGGACUAAGUUAUUCUCAGGGGUAUGGCCGCGAGUGCUCUGCACCGAACGGUUCGCUUGCGUGCCCGAGACGCCCAUGGGCAUUUCAAGCCGAGCGACCGCCCCAGUUAACGUCGUGUGCCGGUCGCGUUAACCGCGGGAGUUGCCAUGAGCCACCCGCUUUUCCCCUCUUCUCCCCCAUGGUGGACUUUAAGGAUCCCGUGACGCGAUUCUAAACGAGUCGGCCGUUGUCCAUAGGCCCCUCUCGGUCCAAAUUUUUUGCCACAUUAAAAACGACACGGCAAUUCGCUCUCAAUAGUAAAAACACAUAUCUAAAUCGCCACCCAGCUGGCAGACUAUACCUGUCAUUGAAACAGUGUCUUGCUGGACGUGGCUUGUAGGGGGUUUCAUGGCAGGGGGAAGGAGGGGAGGGUGGGCUGAUAUUUCUGAAGGGGGACCCGGUAAUUGGCUACAGAAAGAGCCGUCGAUUACGAUUUUCUCGUCGAUUACAAAAGUCUAUUGGCCUGAGAUGCUUUCCUGCUCCAGGGAGCGUCGGUGCACCCCGUUUAUAGCCCUGAGCAAGUGGUGGAAAUUACAUGUUCCUAUGACAGGGAUGAGUCUAUCCAAAAGAACCAUUGUUGACUCCCACACAAAGUGGUACUAAUUUUUUCCAGCUCUAGAGUUUAGUGGAUCACGGCACCAGCUCUAGACACAGUUUAGUGACUUACGGUCCCAGCUGUAUACACACAGUUUAGUGGCUCACGGUCUUAACUCUAAACACACGGACUUUCGUGACCCGCGGUCCCAGCUGUAGACACAGAGUCUAGUAACUUGCGGUCCUAGCUCUAGAUACAUGGAGUUUACUGACUCACGGUCCCAGCUCUAGACACAGUUUAGUGACUCACGGUCUUAGCUCUAGACAAUGAGUUUAGUGAAACACGGUCCCAGCUCUAGACACACUGAGUUUAGUGACUCACAGUUUAAUUCUAGACACAUGGACUUUCGUAACCCACGGUCCCAGCUGUAGACACAGAGUCUAGUAACUUGCGGUCCUAGCUCUCGAAGCACGGAGUUUAGUGACUCACGGUCCCAGCUGUAGACACAGUUUAGUGACUCGUCCCAGCUCUAGACACACUGUGUUUAGUGACAACGGUCCCAGCCUGAGACACAGUUUAGGUGAUUCAGGGGCCCAACUCUAGAAACACAGUUUAGUGACUCACGGUCUUAACUCUCGACACACAGUGAGUCACUAAACUCUGUCCCAGCUGUAGACACAAUGGAGUUUAGUGACUCACGGUUCCAGCUCUAGACACUGAGUUUAGUGACUCACGGUCCGAGUUCUAGACACACUAAGUAUUAUGACACACGGUCCCAGCUGUUGACACACAGUUUAGCGACUCACAGUCCCAACUCUAGACACAGUUUAGUGACUCACUGUCCCAGCUGUAGACACUGAGUUUAGCGACUCACGCUCUUAACUCUAGACAGAGUUUAGUGACUCACAGUCCCAACUUCAGACACAAAGAGUUGAGUUACUCACGGUCACAGCUCUAGACACAGUUUAGUGACUCAUGGUCCCAGCUGUAGACACAGAGUUUAGUGACUCACAGUCCUAGCUCUAGACACACUGAGUUUAGUGACUCACGGUCCCAAUUUUAGACACUGAGUUUAGCGACUCAUGCUCCCAGCGAGAAUUGAGUGACUCACGGUCCCAGCUCUCGACAUACAUUGUUCAGUGACUCACGGUCUUAACUCUAGACAGAAUUUAGCGACUCACGGUCCCAGCUCUAGACACACCGAGGUUAGUGACUCACAGUCCCAACUCUAGACACAGUUUAGUGACUCACUGUCCCAGCUGUAGACACUGAGUUUAGCGACUCAUGCUCCCAACUAUAGACACAGCAUUUAGUGACUCACGGUCCCAGCUUUCGACACACGUCGUUUAGUGACUCACGCUUUUAACUGUAGACAGUUUAGUGACUCACGGUCCCAACUUCAGACACAAAGAGUUGAGUUACUCACGGCCACAGCUCUAGACACAGAGUUUAGUGACUCACGGCCGCAGCUCUAGACAUAGUUUAAUGACUCACGGUCCGAGUUCUAGACACACUGAGUAUUGUGACUCACGGUCCCAGCUGUAGACACUGAGUUUAGUGACUCGUGGUCCCAGCCCGAGACAGAGUUUAGGUUAUUCAGGGUCCCAACUCUAGAAACAGUUUAGUGACUCACGGUCGCAGCUAUAAACACACUGAGUUUAGUGACUCACAGUCCCAGCUCUAGACACAUUGAGUUUAAUGACUCACCGUCCCAGCUGUAGAUAGAGAGUUUAGUGACUCAUGGUCCCAGCUCUAGACACACAGCUUAGUGACUCACGGUCCCAAUUCUAGACCCACAGAGUAUAGUGACUCACGGCCCCAGCUGUAGACACGGUGAGUUUAGUGACUCACAGCCCCAGCUGUAGACAGUGAGUUUAGUGACUCGUGGUCCCAGCUCUAGACCCACAGAGUAUAAUCUGGAUUUGAAGCUUUCGUGAUGCAGGAAUCCAUACUCUUUGGUUCUUUCGGUAAAGUCACGUAGUUAGAAAUUUAAAUAAAUAACGACGUUUCGAUCGCAACACAAGCAAUACUCACCCUGAUGAGGAUUGCUUGUGUUGCGAUCGAAACAUCGUGAUUUGUUUUCUUUUAUUUCUAUGUACGUGACUUUACCAAAAGAACCAAAGAACACUGAAUUUAGCGACUCACGGUCUUAACUCUAGACAGAGUUUAGUGACUCACGGCCGCAGUUCUAGACACACUGAGUUUAGUGACUCACGGUCUGAACUCGAGACGCAAAGUUUGACUCACAGUCCCAGAUCAAGACACCGAGUUUAGCGACUCACGGUCCGAGCUCUCGACACAGUGUUUAGUGACUCCCGGUCGCAGCUCUAGACACGCUGAAUUUAGUGACUCACGGUCAAAGCUCUAGACAGUGAGUUUAGUGACUCACGGUCUUAGCUCUAGACAGUGAGUUUAGUGACACACGGUCCCAGCUAUAGACACGCUGAGUUUAGUGACACAUGGUCCCAGCUGUAGACACAGUUUAGUGACUCGUGUUCCCAGCCCGAGACACAGAGUUUAGGUGAUUCAGGGUCCCAACUCUAGAAACAGUUUAGUGACUCACGGUCUGAACUCGAGACGCAGAGUUAGACUCACAGUCCCAGAUCAAGACACCGAGUUUAGUGACUCACGGCCCCAGCUGUAGACAGAGUUUAGUAGCGCAAGGUCCCAGCUGUAGACACACUGAGUUUAGUGACUCACAGUCCCAACUCUAGACACAGUUUAGUGACUCACUGUCCCAGCUGUAGACACUGAGUUUAGCGACUCAUGCUCCCAACUAUAGACAGCAUUUUAGUGACUCACGGUCCCAGCUCUCGACACACAUCGUUUAGUAACUCACGCUCUUAACUCUAUACAGAGUUUAGUGACUCACGGUCCCAACUCCAGACACAAAAAGUUGAGUUACUCACGGCCACAGCUCUAGACACAGUUUAGUGACUUACGGUCCGAGUUCUGGACACGCUGAGUUUAGUGACACACGGUCCCAGCUGUAGACACACUGAGUUUAGUGACUCACGGUCCCAGCUCUAGACACAGUUUAGUGACUCGUGGUCCCAGUCCGAGACACAGAGUUUAGGUUAUUCAGGGUCCCAACUCUAGAAACAGUUUAGUGACUCACAGUCCCAGCUCUAGACACACCGCGUGUAAUGACUCACGGUCCCAGCUGCAGACAAAGAGUUUAGAGACUCAUGGUCCCAGCUCUAGACACACAGUUUAGUGACUCACGGUCCCAAUUAUAGACCCACAGAGUUUAGUGACUCACGGCCCCAGCUGUAGACACGGUGAGUUUAGUGACUCACAGCCCCAGCUGUAGACAGUGAGUUUAGUGACUCGUGGUCCCAGCUGUAGACCCACAGAGCUUAAUCUGGAUUUGAAGCUUUCGUGAUGCAGAAAUCCAUACUCUUUGGUUCUUUCGGUAAAGUCACGUAGUUAGAAAUUAAAAUAAAUAACGACGUUUCGAUCGCAACACAAGCAAUACUCACCCUGAUGAGGAUUGCUUGUGUUGCGAUCGAAACAUCGUGAUUAAUUUCUAUCUACGUGACUUUACCGAAAGAACCGAAGAACACUGAAUUUAGCGACUCAUGGUCUUAACUCUAGACAGAGUUUAGUGACUCAUGACCGCAGUUCUAGACAUACUGAGUUUAGUGACUCACGAUCUGAACUCGAGACGCAGAGUUUGACUCACAGUCCCAAAUCAAGACACCGAGUUUAGUGACUCACGGCCCCAGCUGUAGACAGAGUUUAGUGGCUCAAGGUCCCAGCCCUAGACACACUGAGUUUAGUGACUAUCGGUCCCAGCUCUAGACAUCCAGAGUUUAGUGAGUCACGGUCCCAAUUCUAGACACUGAUUAUUCUUUGUUUUUUUCGGUAAAGUCACGUAUAAAAAUAAAAUAAUCGAAACGUCGUAUGCUAUUAUUUAAUUUAUUAUUUUAUUUUUAUACGUGACUUUACCGAAAAAACCAAAGAAUAAUUCCUGCAGUCACGAAAGCUCCAAAAUUAAGAUUCUAGACACUGAGUUUAGCGACUCGUGCUCCCAGCGAUAGACACAGAAUUUAGUGACUCACGGUCCCAGCUCUCGACACAUUGUUCAGUGACUCACGGUCUUAACUCUAGACAGAAUUUAGUGACUCACAGUCUUGACUCCAGACACACUGAGUUUAGUGACUAAGGGUCCCAACUCUAGACAGAGUUUCGUGACUUACAGUCCCAGCUAUAGACAGAAUUUAGUGACUCACUGUCUCAGCUCUAGACACACAGAGUUUAGUGACUCACAGUUCCAGCUCUAGACACACAGAGUUUAGUGACUCACGGUCCUAGCUCUAGACACUGAGUUUAGUGACUCACAGUUCCAGCUCUAGACACACUGAGUUUAGGGACUCACGGUCUUAACUCUGGACAGAGUUUCGUGACUCAUUGUCCCACCUCUAGACACACUGAGUUUAGCGACUCAAGGCCCCAUCUUUAGACACAGUUUAGUGACUCACAGUUCCAACUCGACACAGUUUAGUCAUUCACUAACCGAGUUGUAUAGACACAGGGUUUAGUGACUCACGGCCCCAACUCUAGACCCACUGAGUUUAGCGACUCUCGGUCCCAGCUAUAGACACAGACUUUCGUGACUCACUGUCUCAGCUCUAGUCCCAUAGAGUUUAGUGACUUACGGUUCCAGCUGUAGACAUAUAGUUUAGUGACUCACGGUCUUGACUCCAAACACACAGAGUUUAGUGACUCAUGGUCCCAGCUAUAGACACACCGAGUUUAGUGACUCACGGUACCAGCUCUAGACACAUAUUAGUGACUCACGGUCCCAACUCUAGACCCACAGAGUUUACUGUUUCACGGUCCCAACUUUAGACAGUUUAGUGACUCAUGGUCGCAGCUCUAAACACAGAAUUUAGUAACUCACGACCCCAGCUCUAGACACAGUUUAGUGACUCACAGUCCCAGCUCUAGACACAGUUUAGUGACUCACAGUCCCAGCUCUAGACACAGUUUAGUGACUCACAGUCCCAGCUCUAGACACAGUUUAGUGACUCACAGUCCCAGCUCUAGACACAGUUUAGUGACUCACGGUCCCAGCUCUAGACACAGUUUAGUGACUCACGGUCCCAGCUCUAGACACAGUUUAGUGACUCACAGUCCCAGCUCUAGACACAGUUUAGUGACUCACAGUCCCAGCUCUAGACACAGUUUAGUGACUCACAGUCCCAGCUCUAGACACAGUUUAGUGACUCACGGUCCCAGCUCUAGACACAGUUUA